AUGGCUACAAUACAAGAUGUCAUGCAUACUAUAUCACCAGGUCUUGCACAGUUACCAUUUUAUGAUGGACAAGAGCCGCCAGACUCUUAUUACCAAAAGCUUAGAGCUGUCAAUGAGAUGGCUCGUCCACUAGCUGUUGCUGCUUUUAAUGCUGCUAUGAGUAGGGAUUGGAACCGAUUAACUAUGAUUUGCAGUCAGGGAGAUUAA